AUGUUUAAGAUUAAAAGAAAAUCUCAAGUUCCAUCAUUAAGUAGUGUUAAUCGUACGACAACAUUAUUUACAUUUUCUUCUUUUUCUUCUUCAUCUUCUACUCCUACAACAACACCCUAUCAUCGUAAUAAUGGUUCAUCAUCGUUCUCUUCACUAUGUAACAAUAUUACCAAGGAUCAAUCAUCAAAAUCUGAUAAAAUUCGCCGUCAACAACAACAACAAAGAAAUGAACAAAUCAUCAAUAAUACUCGAUCACCACGUUCCAAACAAUUUCUUGCUUAUUUCCGUUGUUGCUGUUAUCAUUUAUGUUCGUUCACAUGUGAAUGUUCCAUUCCAUCUAAUACAAAUCAAAAUCGCUAUGCUUCAUCAAUAUUUACUCGACAAAUUCGUUCGAGUUCAUCAUCAAUCAAUUCAUCCUAUUAUCGUCAUCAUUUACGUCAUUAUUUAUUUGAACGACAUUUUAUUGAAAUCAAAACUAAGCAAAUAUUUCCUUCUAAAUUCACUCUAUGGAUUUUAUUAUUACCAUUUUUAUUUCCUAUAACAUUUGCAACUAAAACACCAUCACUUUCAAAAACAAAUCAUGACCUUUUUCUAUUAAAUGAUUAUACAUUAAAAUUUUCCUUUAACCUAUCAUUACAAAGACCAUUGUGGCACGCUGGUUGUUGUUUACGAAUUAAUCAAACAAUGUGUAAUACAACUUCUUAUUCAUCAAUAUCAAGUCAUAGUAUUUAUGUAUCGAAUGAUACAUCACGUGGAUCAUAUUUAUUUGAUGGUGGUAGUAAUCCAAUUGAUCGACGUCGAUUAUUUCAUUUGAAUGAGCUUCCAGAUAGUUAUGAUUUUCUUAAUAAUCAAACGUUAUUUUGUCAACGGUACGAUGAAUUUCGUAAUAUAUCAUCACAUGAAUUAGCAAUAGUUACAUAUGUUAUUGUUGUUAUUGGUAUCAUAUUUAAUUCCUGUGUAUUUAUUGUUUUAAUGUGUGGUUCAUUAAGACGUUCAUCAUCAUUUACUUUAUUUCUUGCAUUAACUUGUUUUGAUUUAUUAAGUUUAGCAUCAAGUUUAUUUGCAUUAUUAUUUCGUAAUGUAAUGACAUAUUUAAAAACAUCAGCACCAUUCUGUAAAAUGUUUGGAAUAUUUUUCUUAUAUUUUCGUCAAUGUUCAUCAACAACAUUAUUAAUAAUUGCGAUUGAACGUUGUGUUGUUAUUAAAUAUCCCUUAUGUCGAUACAUGUUUAAUAAAUUUCGUUUACCAUUUUUAGCAUUUAUGAUGCUUAUAUAUAUUGUACCAAUUCCAUUUGAUUUUAUAUUUUAUACAAGUGGUACAUUACAUUGUGAAGCAUUUGAUACAUUACAUGCACAUCGUUAUCAAAUAUUUCGUGGAUUUUUUACUGUAUUUUCAUAUGCAAUGAUACCAUUUUUUGGUAUAUCUAUAAGUAAUUUAAUAAUUAUAAUUGAAUUAAAAAAUUCACGAAAACGUUUUAAAAUUAAAGAUGAAGAUGGUACAACAAAAAAUCUUUCAUCAACUUUAAUGGAUAAACGUGGUACAACAGUUAUGUUAUUUGUUGCAUCGUUUGCAUUUCUUCUUUUACUUGGCCCAUUUUAUCUUCAUUGGUGCAUAACAUAUCUAUUUCGUAAUUAUCCUCAAUGUCAUUUUACACGAAAUCUCUAUGAAAAUAUCCAAGUAUGUAUGGGUGUAUUUCAUCCAUAUUUAACUAUUAUUGAAAAAUGUAUGCGUGAAUCAAAUCAUGCUAUUAAUUUUCUUCUAUAUAUGGCAACAUCAAAACGUUUUCGAUCAGAUUUUAAGACUAUUUGUCGUCGAUUUAUUUAUCGUAUCUGUGGUCCAGCUAUAUUAUUUUUCUAUAGACAUAUAUGUUCCUGUUGCCCAGUUCCAACAUGUCUUGUAACACUUGAACGACGUGUGUCAGAUAUAAAAGAACAAGAUUUAAUAUUAGAUGUGAAUAGAAAAAAUCAUACAGCUUAUAAAACAUCACAUUAUCAUUCUAAUUUUGAACGACGACGUCAACAACAAUUACUUCGUGCAACAUUAUUAAAUAAUACAAAUACGACAGCUAUAAGUAUAACACCAGCUGCAUCAUUUACGGCUUCACCAGUACCAACAGCUAAAACUGUUCGAACGUUAACAUGGAAUGUUCAUGAUCCUUUAUUACGUUGUGUAGAAAAUAAACGUCAAGCUGCACGUUUAUCAAGACAUUUUUCUACAUCAGACCUUAUGUAA